CACGACUGCCACACGAUCGGGCCGUCAGCCUAGCGCACCGUUAGGACGUAACCCGUUUGCCGUGCAGCAGUCAUCAACAAUGUCCAUUGAUGACGGAGGGUCGUCGGUAGUAGCCAAUCGGUAGGACUGUCGUCCAUCGUGUCGACAAUGGUCAUGUGAACAGUACGACAAAAACAACAGCCUACGACGACAGUAAUUUUUGUGAUAUUUUUGAAGAUCGUUCGUUUGUUUGUCGUCGCCGCGCGCGUUAAUGGCCCGGUCGUUCCGUUUCCGAGUGUCGAGCUCGUCCGUCUAGUGAAAUAACGGUGGCGGAAGAAGUGACAGUCGCAUGACGUCGACAUCGCUGGUUCAAGGCAAACGUGUGUAGUCUUCUCAAAGCUUUAGUCUGCUAGUAAGUCGCUCGUAGCAAACGCGCACGUUCUCCGCGUAACCUGCUACUGGCCUGUAGACGAUGGUUGCCGCGAUUGUCUGAGCCAGUGGUCGUCAAACAUCUCAUUCGUCGGUGACGGCCAAGAGUGGACCGAGGCGCGAUCUCAACGAUAAACAGACCCAGGGGUUGUGCGGCGCGGCGGCGGUGUCGGCUUUGACGUCGACAUCGGCUUCGUGACUUAACGUGGACUAACCUUCUUUCUCUCUGGUGUGAUUGCGCAUACUGCUUGGUCCCCGUUCAAUUCCAUCCGUUGAACGCCGGCAGUGGAUGAACGGUCAAUUAUAUUCUGGAUAUUACUGCACUUGAGCAGUGAUAAAAGACUACAUUUUUUAGUAAACCAAAUUAAUCAUCAACAUUGUUAUGUUUACGGCGGCGCGGCGUUGCGUUUCUAACGCCCUGUCUGGAGUGUCACUUUGUGGUUGUAAUCGAUAUAACCCUAAUAUAGUUGCUGGCUGUUAUAUUAGGAAGCUAACUAGAACAGCCAAUAGUAAUGGUGGUGGCUUUAAAGCUGCUGUCACUACAGCUCUUCUAUUCAUCAUGGGUGCCCUAUACUGUCUAUAUGGAACUGGUGGCAGUACAGGUGGCACUGGGACACCUGUUGCAUAUAGCCAACAAUCAUUAGGAAACAGUGAUUUGAUAAUCGGAGUACAACAAGAUGCAAUUGCAGACAUAGCAACGAUGACUGGCGGAAACACACACACAAACCUAGAUUGUGGUAGUAACAAUGGUAAGAAGCGGCGGAAAAAACAGCUAAAACUAAAACCACCUGGUGGUAUUGUGACAGCCGCUGAUAUGUACGAACCUGGAUUUCGGAUACGGAACGCUGGCCUCUGUUCCACCAGCACUCGAUUACUAGUGUUGAUCACUUCAGCUGCGGCUCCAGCUCACUCUCAAAACCGACAAGCUAUUCGUAUGACAUGGAUGAACCGAUAUGGUCCUAGUGUGAGUAUGGCAUUCCUAGUAGGUACUCCACAGAUGUCUGAGACAGACCCAGUUGCUCGAGUGCUGGAGGCGGAAGAACAAGCGCUUAAGAUCCGUCUAAAUCAGCAUGAUAUCAAUAAAAACAUCAAACCGAAAGAAAAAAUCAAACUCAAGCCAUCAGCAGCUGCCAACAUAGUCGUAGAACCACUGGAUGGUGAUCCUGAAAUGAACCAAUUUUUGCAUGACCGUGAACCAAACCCUGGGGAAGGCUUAGAUGCAUAUGCUAUGCAUGGACUUAAUGAAGCAGAACGGGCGGUGCAACGAGUAUUAGGGCGCGAAUAUGGUCGGUAUGGUGACUUGGUACAGUGCCAGUCUCGAGACACUUAUACCAACUUGACCCUGAAAUCUAUCUCUGCUCUCGAAUGGACCCGUCAAUAUUGUCCUUGGGCUCGGUACCUAUUAAAAACAGACGACGACAUGUUCAUUGAUGUACGUAGAUUACUGCGAUUCAUCAACAAAGUGGAAACUGAAACUGUUACAGAAUCCAGUGUUAGUGGAUUUCAUCCUCGCCCCCUUGAACCCAUACAUGACCCAUACGAAUUAUUCACCCUAGGCGCAGAUAUGUUUGAGUCUGCAGCCACCCCUAGUUUUGAUAUUGAACUGCCGCCUACCAUUUGGGGACGGCUGGCACAUGGUUGGCGUCCGAUUAGACAGCAUAAUAGUAAAUAUUAUGUUUCCCGAACUCAAUAUACCGGUCGAGUGUAUCCUGAUUUCUGCACUGGGCCAGCAUACCUUAUGACUCGGUCGGCAGUUAGUCCAUUAUACGAGGCAGCACUUGGCAAAGAUUUUGAUGUGGUUGAUGAUGAAGACGAAGAUGGUUAUCAGAAAAACGAGAAAAAUAUGAAUGAAGAAGAUUCGGAAGUUAAAACAUAUUUAGGAAAAAACUGUGGUGAUGGUAAUCAGACAUUAGAUGCUACUGAUGAUAAAGCAACAUCAAGUGUAUAUAUCAGCAAAAAUACCGUGCCAUACUUGAAACUGGAGGAUGUAUACUUGACUGGAGUAGUAGCUGAGCGACUUACACGCCGGGCAGCCGAGCGACAGGCUCGCCGGGAGCUCAAAGAAAAAGAAAAAAUGUCUUCAAAUGCCGAUCAUAACCAAAAAUCAAGUGAUGGUAAAGUGGUUGAAGACCAUUGUCACCUUGAUGGUGGUCAGAAUGCAAGGCUGAAGACAACAGAUAUAAUUGUGAAGGUGAGACGCAUCCAUGAUGAUCAAUUUGCAAAUAAAAAAAUUACUGGCCGAGCAUUGGAUCGAGCCGUGUGCAAUGGUCUUAGUCCCACAGAUACUGUUGGUACUAGUGAGAGCAGUGGUUUUAGUUGGUUCCGAUGGUAUUGGGGUGAUACAGCAUUGGACAAGGACUUAAAAAAAAAGAAAAAAGAUCAAGGAGUAAUUUCUUUACACAUGGUAAAAUAUUACGAGCAGUUUGAUCUAUGGCGCCGGCUAAUGGACGGCAGGACUAAAUGUAAACCUUAACGCUUGCCUUCUUAGAAACUGUGAAUUUUUUUUGUUUUGUACUGCAAUGCAACCGUCUAACUAGCUUCUGUGUUUAUAACAAGUCUAGUCCAUCUUGGCCAUUAGCAACCGUUACUAUUUUAUGAAACUAGGAGUCCGAAUACUAUAUUGUAUUGAAAAAACUAUUGUAACUUGUAAUGUAAUACUAACUUAAAUGUUAAAUGUUAAUAUGAAACAUGAUUUAAACAUUUUAUAUUCAACUUAGAAUCAUGACAAAUUAACAUUAAAUGUAUUGUUUCAUUAUGAUAUUUAUUAUUUACUAAUUAUUAAGUAUUAAUGAUUAAAAAUUGGUUAUUUUCAUAUUAUAUUAUUUUAUAUAUAUUUGGUAACCUGUGACUCCAGAGCCAAGAUGAAAUGGACUAGUUAUAAUAUAAGCAUUGCAUAUAUAUAGUCUCCUAGAUUAUUCUUUUUAUACUUUUUUUUCAGCUCGCAAUUUUAUUUUUGUAUUGAUGAUUGGUAAAAUUAUCCUUUCCAUAAAUUUUUUUACCGUGACUUAUAUUUACUACAGCUGUCGGUAAAAAAUAUUUAUCCUACGUGAAGUAAUUAAACCUAGACCAUUAAGUACUAUUUUUACAAAUUAUGUAUUAUUUUUGUUAUUUUAUGUGUGUGUUCACAUGU